AUGUUUCUAUUGUUGAAUGAUGCUUUUGCGGAUGAUAAACCUGCUACAUCAAAAACACUUUACAGAUGUAGUUUUACUCCUCGUUCAGGGUAUUAUGCUUUUGAUGGUUACAGUACUUGCCGUUUUAAACACGUGACUGAGCAUCCGGAUGUUAAGUGUCCAAGUUGUCGUCAUUUGAUGAAUGUCCCUUUGAAGUCCGUUAGCCCGACUGAUAAGGAUAAUGCCGUGGUGAAGGAAGCCGUAGGGGAAAAGAGGAAACUGAUCACAGGAGGGUAUGUAAAAAAUGUGGUGACUUAUAUGGUUAUGGAUAACUUGGUGGUGAAGCCCAUAUCCACCAUUUCAAGCAUUACUCUCAUCAAUAAAUUUGGUGUGAACGAUUUGAGUCGGCUUGAGGAGAAAACAUUGCCUUUCGGAAAAGAUGAGACAUUGAAGUUGUUGAAGGCAUCUUUGAUGACCGAUCAAGUGCUCACAACUCUACUUCGGCAGGAUGAUUAG